AUGAAAGUUUUCAAGUUGAUAGGAGGGCUAGUCUUCCUCACCUCUGUGUUUUUGGCCUGUUCCGGACAAAAUCCGAUGACUGUUCUGUGCUCCAUAGACUGGUUCAUAGUCACCGUACACCCCUUCAUGUUGAACAAUGACGUAUAUGUGCACUUUCAUGAGUUGCACUUGGGACUGGGCUGCCCUGCCAACCAUGUUCAGCCCUAUGCCUACCAGUUCACCUACCGUGUGACGGAAUGCGGCAUCAGGGCCAAGGCUGUCUCUCAGGACAUGGUUCUCUACAACACCGAGCUGCACUAUGCUUCCAAGCAUACGUUGUCUAAGUACGUGAUCCCAGUGUCCUGCACUGCCCCGCAACGUUCCCCAUGGCUCACGAUGCCCUGCGCCAGGAAAGCAGCCAGCGAGGGAGCCAUCACAACCCGGGAUGGUGAGACAUGCUAUGAGGUGUUCACCUCGUCACAGUCCAGCCAGAGGCCCAACUGUGACUGUCCGCCUUGUGUCUUCAACGAAGAAGGGCAGACCCGGGGCCCACAUCACCAAGCAGAGGCUCAGGAGGCCCAUCCCGUGCAGUUUUCUUCCUUUGUUAAUACUUCUGAGAACUGGUCUCUUCGCCUGGAUGAUCAGAUUGCGUCCAUGUGA